GACCAGUUGAAGACCAAAAUCAAAGCCAUCAAAGAAAUGCCGACAAUAUUAAAUAGCAAAACGGAGGAGGAUGAGGAUUGCAAAAUAAUUGAUUGGGUUACCAAAAGAGUAGAGAACGACUUUAGCGCUUUUAAAGAGCACGAAAUAGCAGAGCCUUGGGAAACUUACAAAAAGCAAUGGGACGGGCUGAACCCUACCCUUUUGUCCAAAAACGAGUUUUUAAAAUGCUGUUCUAUGCCGGCAUGUAUCCACCGACCCAGCGAAGAAAAUCUUGCUGACGAAUGCCCAAAGUGCGAUCCACGAAUCUACAAAGAAAGAUCUUGUGAAUACACACAAAGGAUGUGGCAACUUGAAGCCUGCCAAGUCCGGAAAGCCUGCAGCGCAACUGGCUGCUCCAAUUCCGCGCCGCAAAUACAUAUCCAGGUCACGCAGGAGGUACUGCAGUUUUUAUUUUAUUGA